ACGUACCCUUUAACACAUAUCACGAGCUCCCAGACUAUAUAUUGAUAAGAUAAGGUCUCGUUUAACCGAGUUUAGUUAUCAUUCAUCACUUUGCACUUACGGUUCCUCACGCGUCUACACGCCUUCAAAAAUGCCAGCCUACAGGUGGGUAAGCAAAUCUUCCGGAGAUGGAGUUCCACCAACGGCAGUCGAAGGUGGUCGAGAUAUCGAUGGAAGUACUAUUUAUGUAGGAAGAGCUUUUCAUGAAGGAGAUAUGAUUCCAGCAAAAGUAAUUCCAGACAGAAACAUUGCUUAUGUUGCAUACAAUGGAGAGGAGCAUCCAAAAACCAGCUAUGAGGUUUUGUGCAAAGGUGAAUUCGUGUGGGAAUUUUGCAGAAAUGGUGAAAUUCCAACAGACGCUGUUGUUGGAGGCCAAACUUCUGAUGGUGAACCUUUAUAUAUUGGACGUGUUAUUCACAAGGGUGCUCAGACAAUCGGAAAGGUACAUGGGACCCAUGGUGUUUUGUACAUUCCCUUUGAUGGUGAGGAAUUGUCUUUCCACGAUUACGAGGUGCUCGUCUUGCAUUAAAUAAAAAAAAAUUUGUUAAUGCAGAUUUUUCCAACAUGGCGUCAAUAUCUUCUGAGAUAUUUUGUACUUAUAUCAUAGAGAGCUUCCUUAUCAUUAGGAAUUUUAGCACACUCAUGUAACAUACGAGAAAUCAAAUUUAAGCACUUGUAUUUUUAUCUUCUUUUUUUUUCAACGUAAAAUAAAAUGACGAGCAGUCAUUUGCUCUGAGUAUCUACAAUUACUGAAAAUUACUCUUGUGUUCAAAACUUAAUAAUUAUUUCAACUAGACUUUCCACGUAGUCCACAAGGCCUCUACAAAAUGCGCAAUAAGUAAUUACAAAAAUACAAACAAUGUAUUAGAAAUCGUUUUUAUUUCUAUGACAUUCAAAUGGUGUUAUUUUUCUAAUUAAAAAAUUAAUAUUCUA